GCUAUUGGCUUAUUUGUAUGUCACUAUACUCUGGUCAACCAUUGAACAUGUUCAAAGAGGAUGGUCCAUUCAGUUACUAACUUCAAGUGGCUACUGUAGCUCGCAUGGAACUACAUUUAUUACAGUUCAUACGUUUAUUCUAUGUUAAAUGUCAUAACUGUCGAUUUGAGAAAUCGGUCCCACCGGUUGAGAAAACAAACUCGUGUUUCUUUCAAUUCAAUUCGGUGCGUUUUUGGAACACGAGAAAUGGAAGAGUUGAACGAGUCCACGUCCUCACCCGCUUCUGCGUUCGAGAAGGACGCAUUUGAGCUGACAGUCGAAGAUGUUUAUGACAUUUCAUACGUUAUUGGCAGAGAUUUGUUGAAAAUAAUUAAUACAGGUGAGGAAGUCUCAGAUUUGCAAUUCAAAAUUGUGCGUGUUUUGGAGAUGUUUGAAACGUUAGUGAAUAAGCACAACCUAUCGCUGGAGGAGUUGAAAAUGGAACGAGACAACUUGAAAAGUGAACUGGAUAGAAUCGUGAGAGAAAGUUCUGUCGGUAAGGAAGAGCAAACACUAGGACCAAACAAACUGGUGGUAGACAUGAAAGAUCCCAACAGACCACGCUUCACAAUGCAGGAGCUGAAGGAGGUGCUUCAGGAGAGGAACCAGCUCAAGGCACAGUUACUGGUGGCCCAAGAAGAGUUGCAGCUCUACAAGAGUGGGGUGCACUCACAGGGCAAGCAAGCCAUGGUAAAGGCUGACCUGGAAUUUCCAUCCCCUUCGGUUCCUGACACAACAGAUGAGACUAAAGAAGAGGAACCAAAAGAGGAAAGUACCAUCAGAAAGCUGUUUUCAUUCAGGCGGAAAUGAGGACAACCGGUGUGAGGACCUAAAGCAUUAAUACUAAUGAUAAACCAAACAUUUUUAUGCACACUUUUUUUCCCCCUAUGCUUUCUUUGUAUUAGGAUAAUUGAAAUUUUUUGAAUGAAUGGCAUUUUAAAACUCUAGAAUAAUUAAGCCUUUUAAAAGUAUCUCGGCGUUGUGUUUUUAUAGAUUUAUAGUCAUGUCAUUAAUAGUUACGGGAAAAUUCCUAUUUCUGCACUUUUUAGGUAGAAUAACAUGGUAGAUGCACACCAAACUCAUGUUUCCUUGAACGUUGUACAAAACUGAGCAUUCCUUUUUGGUUGAACAUUCAUCACUAUUUGGCUCAAACUCUGGAUGAACAGAUGGAACCUUGCAAAGACCAACAUUCAAGACGGGGGUUACAACAGUAGCCCCAGUAGAGACAGGACCUCCAAGACUACAUGAGCACCCUACUGCCAUUGGAAUGUUUUAGCAAAUAUGUUUUUAUUUUUAUGUACACUGAGUAUACAAAACAUUAACACCUGCUCUUACCAUGUGACUGACUAGGUGAAAGCUAUGAUCCCUUACAGGUGUCACUUGUUAAAUCCACUUAAUCAGUGUAGAUUAAGGGGAGGAGAGGUUAAAGGAUUUUUAAGCCUUGAGACAUGGAUUGUGUACCAUUCAGUGACUGGGCAAGACCAGUACCGUUGAACGGUGUAUGAUGCCAAGCUCACCGGUUUGUGUCAAAGAAUUGCAACGCUAGGUUUUUUCCACACUCAGUUUCUCAUGUAUAUAAAGCCAACUUGACAACUGUG